AACGAUGAAUCACAAAGAGAUACUUCAUCACUGUGUUCAAAUUCUUGAUUCAUAUGAUCCUGCAAUACAUGGGGUCGAAGAUCAUUUAAGUAAAUAUAUCCGUGAAAAUAAGAAUCUUGGAGAGGAUGAAAAAUCAUUUGUUACUGAAGUGUUCUCAGGAUGUGUUAGACAUACUCGUAUAAUGAAGGUUGUCAUUCAUGGCUUUUAUUUGGAAGAUGGUCAGAACUGUCUCCGAACUGAUAGUAAUUUAUUCACAGUUUUGUGUUACCUGUCGAUAUUCAGAUUAGGCGAACUUGGUAUGUCGCAUUUCAGAAAAUUUGUCAAAACACAAGAUGUGAAUAAUAUGCAUAAGUUCUUAGCUUAUUUUUUACAUGAAGACAAUUUAAUGAGUUGGAUAAAGGAUGAAUGGUGCCGGAUAUAUGAGGGUACAUAUGUACAAACUGAACUACUGUCACCACUUCUAAACUGGCUUCCUCAACUCAAUGAUCUAAUUCAACACUUGGCAGAGAAGAUUGCUAAUGUAGCAGUGACAAAGAGGCAGAGCAAAGCACCCACUAAGCCCAAACCAUUUAAUAUAACAAAGCCAAGACCAAAAAGUGUACCCAUGCCUGAACCCAUACCAACUUUGAAACCACACAGGCCUGUCCCCAAAACCACAUAUGCAAAACCUAAAGAAAUGAAAGACCUUGCGAAAAGAAAGGAUUCGAGCAGAAAGGAAUCCGAGGAAAGACUUCUUCAGUCAUCUACGUCACAGUUUGCUUGUGCAAAUGCAGAAAAAUCGGCAAAAGCAAAGUAUCGACUAGCGAAAAUUGUUGCUGAACAGGACAGUAAAGUGAAUUUUGAAAAGAACCGUGCCAGACCACUACCUCCAACACUGAAUGACAAUGUUCCAAUUCGACUGAAUGCUGCGGCAAUACUUAGAGAGGGCGCUCUUUACCAGAAGAAAGAAGAGCAGGAAUUGAAAAA